AUGGCACACCCCACAGUGCACUAUCAAAUUGUAAGUGUAGACAGAGACUACUCAAAAGGACUCACCCCACAGUUUUAUGUUCAAAGACCUCCCGCACUCUCUGGUCAUAUUGAGCCCUAUGACUUCGAAGAGGUGAUGAAACGGGUGAAUAAGUUUUUUGAACAAGCAGAGACUAUCACAUGGAAGACAAUGCUUGAGGAAUCAUUGUCUUGUUUCACAUGUGGGUUGACGGAGUGUUGUAUUAAAAAUCAGUAUUACCGAAGAAUGUGUGAGUUACAAGAGUACCUCACUGAACUCAAUAUUAGGUUCCCAUCCCUCCAAUUCAUUCAUCCAAUUAAUAAUGGGUUUCUUUGCGUUUGUUCUUCUCUACUUAUCAUAGAGCAAAUCGACUGA